AAAUUACAGAAAGACAAAAGGGAGAAUUCACCAUCAACUUUCUUAUCAGUUUAUGGCUGGUGGGGUAUGUUUCCAGACUAAUGUGCAUACAGUUUCACAGACUUCUCCUUCUCCGGGAAUCUCCUUGAUACAUAAUUUUCCUCAUGAAGCUGAAAUCUCAAGUGUCUCAAGUACUGAUUCAUCAAGUGGUCCGUCAAAUUAUUCACGCAAUGUGCAGGUAGCAUUUGGACCUCUCAAUGAUGUACAUAUACCGACAAGGUUGAUGGAGAAUUUUCUGGAAAUCGCCAGCGACAACACUAAGAAGGAUAUAGAGACCUGUGGAGUUCUUGGUGCCAUCAUUAAAGAUGACACGUUUUAUACUACCUCUCUAAUAAUACCAAAACAAGAAUCAACCUCCAAUUCUUGUCAAGCCCUACAAGAGGAGGAGAUGUUUGCCAUACUACAUGGACAAUCCCUCUUUCCAAUCGGAUGGAUUCAUACACAUCCGUCUCAGACCUGUUUCAUGUCAUCGAUCGAUUUGCACACUCAAUAUUCGUAUCAGGUCAUGGUACCUGAGGCUAUUGCAAUUGUCAUGGCUCCUACCGAUACAUCAAGGGCAUACGGAAUAUUUCGGCUAUCUGACGGUGGAAGGAAAAUCCUCAAGGACUGCCCAGAGAAAGGAUUUCAUCUUCAUAAAGAACCGGUUGAUGGGAGUCCCCUCUACGGGGAUUGCUCCAAUGUCUAUAUUAAUUCAUGUCUAAGACUAGAGAUAUUUGAUUUACGAUGACCAGAUGAAGUAGAAUUUAUGUCCUGUUGAAAUGCAAGCAGAUUGUCAAAACUACAGUGAUAAAAGAGCUAGUAAAUGUUGUAAUGAUUUAAGAUAAAUAAAAAUCUGUGGUGUUGGUGGAGGGAAAAUUGAAUCUUACACUGUCGU